ACAUCCUGCCCAGAGCACAGUUCCUGAGCACUUGUUGAAUACUGAGUCUAUAUCUCAUCCAUCUUUUCUUUAUUGUUUUACCCAAACACAUGGACUGGCUACUGUUUCUCUUGCUUCCAGGAGUACUGAUUUUGUACAAGUCUCAUUCAAUGGGGGAACCCACUUUUUGUACUUCCUGUGAUGAAUACAUUGACAAAACCUGUACAAGAAACUUGGGGGUCUGUCAUGCCAGAUAUCCUGACUUUGCAUGCCAAACCAAAGAAGUAUAUAUUCAACUUAACACUGGAGAAUAUCUGUACAAAUAUUCUGUCUUGGGCUGUCCAAGAAGAUGUGUGGAGUAUGUACGCUUCAUCAGGUUUGAGAAAAACAUCUUCUCCUGCUGCAAUGAAAGCUACUGCAACAGCUUUUCAUCAAAAGAUACUCAAUUCAAAGAAAGAUAAUUUUGUCUAAGCUGCUCUUUUGGCUUGCAGGAUCCUCCUGCUAGCCACAUCCUAUUCAUUCCUUCCUGAACAAGCUUCAAUGUUUGGAAGUUUCUUCACUCCCAUCCAACACCCACAGUCUGCAGAGAGCUAAAGGGCACAAGACAAAUGAGCCAUGGAAAGAGGAGGUAGUGGAACUUUGAAAUCCAACCUGGGCCCCUGUCAGAUUCACUAGGAAUCAAGUUCUAAUAUUCUGAUUGGAGCCAAAUCAUAAGUUAAAAGCUAUGUUUGGAAAGGGGAUUAUGUUGUGUGGGGAUAUUUGUUACAACUCACAUAAGU